UGCAAACGCUCCUUCUCCUGUUAGCAGCCCUUGACAGGAUCUUGUAGCCUAAAAGCUAUUUUUGGUGCUAUAGGCAGUCCCGUGUUUACUUUCACAAUCAUUAAAUAUUCAUUGAAGCCAAAGUGAAAAGAUGGAUGACGCGGUUGGAGAAAAUGAUAUCGAACAUAUUGAACGGCUAAUAAUUUCAUUAUACCAACCAAACGCACCUGAAGUGAUAGCUGGUAUUCAGGCAAAGUUGUCUCAGCUACAAACUUCUCAAGGCGCCUGGCAGUUGGCAGAAGCUCUGUUGAACCGACCUGAUGAGAAGGUCAAAUUUUUUGGAGCGCUCACCAUUAUCAUUAAGCUUAACAACGAAAGCGAAUCGUUGACAGAUAGCCAAGCACUGGAGCUGCUUUCAAAACUCAUUCAUUGGUACAUGUUUACAGUACACCAAAAUGGCAGCCCCCUUGUCUGUAGAAAAUUGGUAUCGGCGCUAUCAACCUUUUAUUUACAGUUCUCCCGUCUUUGGCCACACUUCUUGAACCACCUUAUUGCCUGCUUCGAAACCAAACAAAGCCUGUCUCCGCUUACCGAUACUGGCAACUAUAACAUCUAUUUGAGCACGACUGAGAGCACAAGCCUAAUCGCAGCAGUUGAAGUCACAACUCAUAUCUUGGAAGACUUUUUGAGACUGGAUCUAGGCUCAGCGUCCAACGCCCAUCUUCAUGAGAACGUAUUAAACAACGCUGCAGAUAUUGCCGCAUUAAUUACUACAUCUAUGGAUUUGGAGUCUCGAUCCGCACCCACGAUCAUAGCUGUCAUGAAAUGUCUGCAGGCCUAUGUUGUUUUCAUACACAGGAACUCUCCACACGACCACGAAGUGGUUCGUAAAAUCCGACCAGCAUUUUCGAAAGUUAUCGAAUGCUUAACCAAUGACACAACUUUUGAAGCUGCUGUCGAACUGCUUUCUGAUUCACUUGCAAAUUACUCGUCAUUACUCACCACUGAACAAUACGGAUUAAUGAAGGACAUACUAGUCAGUCCCUGGGCUUCACGAUUUUAUGAGACCAUUAUUGGUGGAAAUUUCGAAUUUGAAGGCAUUCAGUUGGCUAUGCUCCUCGUUACUUUGGCUGAAACAAAGAUGGAAGGGUUACUUCAGACCACCGAUGCUACGAACAUCAAAAUUUUCACAAUCCUGAGUCAAUUACUCAGCGCCGAAGGUGUUCCAGCUGUUGAUGACAAGAUAUUCGUCCCUGUUGUCGAAUUUUGGUCGGCGUUUGCUGAGAUGAUUCCGGAUUUCCCUGCACCGGAGGCGGUACAGUCAGACUAUAAACAAUCUUGCACGUCCGUCUUGUUGGAUGCAUGUGGCCGUGUCUGGGCGAAAACUGCGUAUCCUUCCAUUGAAGAGUAUUCUGAAUGGGAUUCCAGCGACCGGACAAUGUUCAAUGAGGCGAGAAAGGAUGUUAUUGACUUGCUUCAGUCAGUCUACGUCCUCGUAGGGCCGGAGCUGAUUGUAACAUUCGUGAAUGCAUGCAUUUCAGCGUUGGGAGAGGAAGACUGGCGACGGUUAGAAGCUGCUGCAUAUUGCUUGGGGGGGCUCUCUGACUGUUGCAAGGAUGACGAUAGAUGUGACAAGUUCCUCAGCCGGGUUUUUGAGUCUAGCCUAUUUGCAAAACUCCGAACCAGCUCAAGGAUCAUCCCUGUCAAAACUAGACAAACUUGUCUCGCUCUUAUCGAGCAGUAUACAGAAUACUUUGAGAGAAAUCCAGCGCUCCUUCCACCGGUGUUGGAGCUGCUUUUCGCCGUCUUGGACGACCAUUUGGUGGCUUCAACGGCAUCUAAGUCAGUCUUGCGGCUUUGCUCAUCGUGCAGAAAUCAUCUUGGGCCACAGUCAAGCGCACUACUUGGCGGUUAUCAACAGCUUGCUAGUAGCGGCAACCUUGACUGCACUGUCAAGGAAAAGGUUCUGGGAGCCUUGGCCUGCAUUGCCCAAGCUCUUACAAGCUCUAUUGCAAGAAAUGGAAUCUGUAAUACACUCUUAGAUUUCGUAUGUACCGACUUGCUCUCCACUACUACUGUGUCGACCAUCCAAGGACGAAACUCUUGUUGCCAAGCUCUUGAUGAUGAGCAACCAGAUCUUCACAGAGCACUAAAAGCGCUCCGUUGUCUUGUCAGUAUAUCGAAAGGAUUCAAGGCUCCUGUGGAUGCGCCUGUAGAUAUCGACUCUACUCCUAACGCCGAUGGGACUGAUUUCGCCUUAAAUCAGUUACAAAAGAAGAUUGUCGGGAUUAUUGUUGAUAUUCAAGAGAAAUUCAAUCAUACUUCGGAAGUCAUAGAACUCAUCUGCAGCAUAUUGCGUUCUGGAUUCACUGAAAGUGAACCAGGACCGUUCGUCCUUCCACCGAGCGACGUAGCACACUAUCUCGUGAGGCACAUCUACACCACACCAAGAAUUGGACUGUUGAUCAGCACCUCUUGCUCAUUCUUGAGCUCGCUCAGAAAUUCGCCUCUGGAAGCAGAGCUCUCCGUUCAUCUAUUACUAUGGGUUGCAAGCUUGUUGAAGCAAAUGCCAGACUUAAAUUUCGACCCGGAGCUAGUUCAAAAUGCUGUCGAAUUCUUAACUCGGCUAUUCCAACAGCAACCAGGCCUGUUGUUAAACUUACAGCCAACGGAGUCGGCUGAAUUUCUGUUCUUAGCCUCACUGCAGGUGCUGGAUGGUAAGGAGCCGCUGCCAAGGGCGGCUGCCGCAGAAUUUUGGGCUACUUUUGUAAAUUUCCGGACGGUCGAAGAGGAAUUGCAGACAACGUUCAACAACACUAUGCAGGCUGUUGGCCCCUUGCUGUGCCAAAGUCUUGUGAAUAACAUGGGAGGUAACGCAUCGCGCAGUGAGCUUGAUAGGUUAACGGAGCCUUUGAAGAAGCUUGUGUCAAGGCACAUCAAGUCCAAAAUAUGGCUUGGGACAGCCAUGAACCAUGAUUCCUUCCCAAGCAAGAGGGUAACCGAGGAAGAAAAGGCUACCUUUGUUCGCAAAGUAAUUGGGUUACGCGGCUCGCGAGCCACUAAUCAGCUUGUGAGGGAGUUUUGGCUGUCAUGCAGAGGCUCACAUUUUGCAUAUGCUUCAUGAGAUCAUAAUGUCUCUACUGGAUUCUAUCUAGUUAUACAAUAAUAAUACAAUGGCUGAUACCACUAAUACACUCAUCUUAAAACCCGAUGGCUGACUUUACAAUGUCCAUAGUUUCUUGUGCACUUUGACGGGCUCUCUCAGCGCCGUGCUCCUCUACUUUCGCCAAGUAGUUAUCUGAGCGCUUCAUCAGAUCCAAGUACCGAUCCCGUACCCCAUCCAGACCAGAUAUAAUGGUGUCAGAAACAAACUCUUUAAAUACCCGAGGUUGCAUAUCAGCACACUCGUUUGCUAAGUUGUUGACGUCCCGUCCAGCUGCGUCAAAAAUGGAGCAUAUUUCCAAGAGAUUAGAGAUACCAGGGCGUUCUUUGGGAUCGUAUGAUAUCCCGGGCAAAGAGUCCGUUAAAGCAUAAGAGAUCUUGGUACGAAUUUCCUGUGGUGAAUCACUCAGCAGUAUACGAGAGCGAUCACUCUUGUGAGAUUUGGACAUCUUUGUCGUAG